AUGACAGAGCUUCAAAUUACAGCAUUGCGCGAUUCCUUGCAAAGAAAAGCUGCAGCUCACAAUGAUCCAGACUAUCUGUUGGCACAGAACUCUUAUUUCUCAGCCCAAGCCCGGUCAUUAUCUCCAGGAUGCAUAGCAACACCGACUACAAAUAUUGAAGUUGCAACGAUAGUGAAAAUGGUCGUAGAGGGCGGAGUAAAAUUCGCCAUCCGAGGCGGCGGUCACUCAUUGAAUGCCGGAGCUGCGAAUAUUGAAAGCGGAGUCACCAUCAGUCUUCGAGCUUUACAUAAGGUAGAGGUCAAUAAAGAACAGACACUAGUUUCCAUUGGAGGCGUCGCAAAAUGGGGCGAGGUUUACUCUAUCUUAUAUGGUUUGGGAUUAGCUAUGAUCGGCGGGAGAGUCGCCGAUGUUGGGGUUGGAGGAUUGACUACCGGUGGAGAUAUCUCAUUUUUCAGUGCCAGAGAGGGUUUAGUAUGCGACAACGUCGAAAACUACGAAGUGGUCCUCGCCGAUGGAAGUCUUGUAAAUGCCAAUCACUUCGAAAAUCGCAAUCUCUGGCAAGCCCUGAAAGGUGGCUCCAAUAACUUUGGCAUCGCCACUCGCUUUGAUAUUCGAACUUUUCCGCAAGAGAAUUUUCUUUGUGGUUGCAUUGUCCACGAUAUUUCGACACUUGACUCACAAUUGAAAGGGUUUACGGAUCUUCUUGAGAAUUUCGAUCCCUAUGCUGCAAUUAUGAUGAUUAUAUCAUGGAAUCAAAAAGGAAAUGGAUAUUCGAUUUUCAAUAAUCUCGAGUAUACAAAAAAUGACACGAACCCGAGGGCGUUGAAACCGUUUCUUGAAGCGAAACCUCAACAUUUGAAUCCCAUGCGUCUUUCUAAUCUCGCUGACUUCUCUACGGAGGCUGGAAAAUAUGCUGCGCCUGGCUUACGCAAUCAAUUCGCAACUACCACCUUCGGCGGAAGCUUAGAAUUUCUUCAGAACGUCCAUUCGAUCUGGCGAUCAAGCAUUCAUGCUAUCUCCUCUAUCGUUGGAGUAAACUGGGCCAUGGCAAUCCAACCCCUUCCCAUUGCUGCAAUGAAUCAAUCCGAGAAAGUUGAUUCUCUUGGCCUCUCAUCUUUAUCAGGUCCUCUUACUUUAUCUCUCCUUUCUUAUAAUUGGGAGAAUAUUGAAGAUGAUGAAGAGAUAACGUUUGCCGCGAAGAAAUUGAUUUCAGAUAUCGAUGAAGCGGCAAGGGAAAGGGGUGUACCUAGGCAGUGA